AUGACGACACUGGAAGAUGUGACGAAGAAGAGGGCCGAGCCCUCCGCGGAAGCUGCGGCGGCUGCGGAGUUGGUCAGGUUGGCGAAGGAGCAGGGUCUGUCGCUGACCGGUCCGGACGGUUUGCUCAAGCAGUUCACCAAAACUGUCCUGGAAACUGCGUUGAACGAGGAGAUGACCGAGCACCUCGGGCACGACAAGAACCAAGCCCCGCCGGAGCGGGAAUCGUCCAAUAUCCGGAACGGAACCAGAUCGAAAACGGUGUUGACCGAGGCCAGCGGUCACGUUCCGAUCGACGUCCCUCGUGAUCGGGAAGGGACGUUCGAGCCGCAGAUCGUCAAAAAGCGACAACGGCGAUUGAACGGGGUCGAUGAGAUCGUGUUGUCGUUGUAUGCCAAAGGAUUAACGACCGGUGAGAUCUCCGCUCAUUUCGCCGAAAUUUACGGCGCUUCGGUCUCGAAGGAGACCAUUUCUCGGAUUACCGACAAGGUGCUCGAGGAGAUGCAGGACUGGGCUGCCCGGCCGCUCGACGAGGUGUACGCGGCGAUUUUCAUCGAUGCGAUCGUCGUCAAGGUCAGGGACGGGCAGGUUGCGAACCGGCCUAUUUAUGCCGCGAUCGGGGUCAGUCUCGACGGGCACCGCGACGUGCUCGGGUUGUGGGCAGGUACUGGCGGUGAGGGCGCCAAAUUUUGGAUGUCAGUCUUGACCGACAUUCGCAACAGAGGCACCCGGGACGUGUUCUUCCUGGUCUGCGACGGAUUGAAAGGAUUGCCGGAGGUCGUCGAGAACGUGUGGCCGGCCACGACGGUCCAAACGUGUGUAAUCCAUUUGAUCCGAAAUACGUUUCGGUUGUCGUCGCGGCAACACUGGGAUGCGCUCAAACACGAUCUCAAGCCGAUCUACACUGCUCCGACCGAGGCUGCCGCGCGGGCAGCGUUCGAUGAUCUCGCAGACCGUUGGGGCAAGCAGUAUCCGGCGAUCAUCCGAUUGUGGAACAACGCCUGGCAGGAGUUCAUUCCGUUCCUGGACUACGACACCGAGAUACGGCGAGUGCUGUGCUCUACCAAUGCUAUUGAGUCCUUGAAUGCCCGAUACCGGCGUGCCGUCAAGGCUCGUGGACAUUUUCCCACCGAAGCUGCCGCACUCAAAUGCCUCUACCUGGUGACUCGGUCACUGGACCCGACAGGCAAGGGCCAGGCACGAUGGAUAACGAGGUGGAAGCCAGCCCUGAACGCGUUUGCGAUCACGUUCGCCGAUCGUUGGCCCGGAUCGGAAACUUAC